GCGGGUGAUUGACAGCUGGGGCCGAGGCAGAGACUUUCACUUCAAUCGGCGCUCCGUUGCUGAUCGGAGAGAGAGGGGUUGAGAAAAAAAAAUCAAUCAAACCGUGACUGAGACGUACUGAGUGUGUGGAGUGGAUGCUUCCAGUUAAUUAACGAACUGUUUGUGUCUUGUAUAUUUUUCUCUUGGGUGGCGGACAUCGCUUUAACUUGAUGAAGAUGAAGGUGCUGAUGAAGCUGCCCGACCCCGAGGAGGAGGAGGAGGAGGAGGAGGACGAGGAGGAGGAGGAGGAGGACGACGACGACGACGACGAAGAAGAAGAGAAGGACGAGGACAACGACGACGAGGGGGUGAGAGCGGACCCCGCUAUGCCGCCGCCGCCGCCGCAGAAGGAGGCGGUGUACGAGUGGUUCGGCUCGGCCCUCACAUCGGCCCAGAGACUAGAGUUCUGCUGCGGCCUCCUGGACUUGUGCCACCCGCUGGAACUGCGCUUCCUCGGCAGCUGCCUGGAGGAUCUGGCUCGCAAGGACUACCACUCACUGCGGGACUCGGAGAUCCGCGCCAACAACGCUGCCGACCUGGCCACCAUCGGCGACGUUACGGACGAGGUGGUGCGUAGCAAGCUGGUGGUCUCGCUGGCUCUCCUGGGCUCGGAGAACCGGGAGGCGGCCGCCGUGCUGGCCCGAGCCCUCGGCCGCAUCGACUCGGUCAUCCGCAACUACGGGCUACAGCUGACGGAGCGCGGCGUUCAGGAGUUCCUGCUGCUGCUCACCAUGGCGUCCAACCACCCGGCCUUCUCCUUCCACCAGAAGGAGACGCUGCGCGAGCAGCUGGCCGGCCUGCAGCAGAGACGGCGCGGGGGGGCCGCCGCCAACGGCCGCAAGUUCCAGAACACCGUCGCCAAGGAGCGUUUCUCCAGGAAAACCUAUUCUUUGGGGACAGAAAAUAAUUAUUAUGAGAGGCCACCUCUAUCUUCUGAAGAAGGGGCAGAAGCAAUCACUCAGCGACCAGGUGUGCAGAUUGAAAAUAUUAUCUUUAAGAAUGUAUCAAAAAAGAGAUCUGAAAACUACUGGGAGUAUACAUUUGAUGUCAUAAGGACUGACCAUUCAACGUGUACUGUGAGAAAAACACACCAUGAUCUUCAGGAGUUUUUAACUAAACUUCCCAAGGAUAUUUCUCUUGAUGCUUUUGGCAAGACUGUAUUGCGGGCAUUCAAUCACAGUUCUCAGACAAGAGAAGACAGGAAGCACUCUGAUAUAGAGUCAAUUAUAAGGCAACUGUUCUUUUCGCCCUCUCGCUCUUUCUUAAGAAGUGACCAUGUUUUUGAAUUCUUCGGGAAGCCUUCUGACCACAGUCAGUUUCAUACAAAUUUACAGCCAGUGUUAAAAUUGUCUAAAUCUACAGAGCACUUCAAAGAAGACAGUUCAGAAGCUUCCAGUCAGGAAGAAGAUGGAAAGCAGCAAACGCUUCAUUACAAAAAUAUGGGGAAAGCUAGAGUCUGCAGUGUCCCGAGUGUAAAAUCGCCAGGGAUUGGUGUAGGCUUACAGCACUCUGAGCAAAAUGGUGCCUUGGACUGGAGGAAAAGGAGCUACAGCACAAAACACAGCACCGAACACUGUACAGCUGUGAUGGAACAUUGUUUGACGGAAGACAAAAGAAAUGCUUCAUCUGGGAAUAAAAAGUUGAACACUCGCAUUGAUGUUAAAAACAAGGCAGACCGUGGCAAUCAAAGGGCACCUGUUGGUAAUGGCAUUCUCAGAAUUCCCCCUAUGUGGACUGGAUCAGGAAAAGAAUUAAGGGAUGUUGGCUGUGGCCUAGAGGCAUGUGGAGACAGCUCUUCAGAAAGUUACAGUUCUCCUUCCAGCCCAAGACACGAUGGGAGAGAGAGCUGUGAAAGUGAAGAUGAGAAAGACAAAGAUUCUGACAGCACUUCGGAGGAUUCUGUGAAGGAGAGGCAGAAAGAGAUGCCUCCCUGUAACCCUGCCCGUGGAUCUACCAGCAGGCCAACUGCUCAGGUUGCACCAGUGCAGAGUGAGAAUGGUACCCUUCCAGGGAAUCCGCCAGCCCCUUUGCUUCCUCGCAUUCCACUGAUGCCUCCUGCACACUACAUGAUGCAAAACGGUGGAACAAAACCAGACUAUGUUCCUCCUGUAGAUAGUAAAACUAUGGGGAUGAUUGUAACCAUCCCUCCUGCUGUUGCCUCUCUUCGAGAUUCUUCGCACAUAACGUCAGUUGGUGCUGCAGAAACGGGGAAGAGACUUGACCUAAUGUCCUCGCCCAUGUCAGUGGCAACUCCUUUCCUUCUGCAGGCUGCUGGUCCGGCUCUACAUCCAAUGGUGCAUAGACAUAAAAUGACAGCACCACAAAUUAAUUUGGAGAACCGCCAUGUUCCUGGACCUCAGCCACCAGCAGGCAUUGUGAACAUUGGAUCAGCCAACACUGCCUUCAUCCCAGUUCAAAGCCAUUCUCCAUCUGGGAAACUUCCAGCAUCAUCUGUUUUAGAUCCUACUGCUAAACCAACACAGAACCUAGCAGGACUGAACACCUUGUUGCCUCAGACUGAUGGAAAUAUAGCAGCAGCACCUGAAUCUGCCAUUUUAAAAGUAAUGCUUCCUGCUGCUGCUCUGCCACCACAACCUGGCUCAUACAAGUUAAGUGGGACUCCAGCUAGUGUUUUGCCUUUACAGGGAACAGCAAGCACACCAUCCCCUGUAGGCCAAAUCCAAUCCACUGGAUCUUCUGUCCCCACCCACACUCCGGGCCCUGUACCAAGCCUGAAUACUGCAUUAACUCAUAGCACAGCUCAGAGUGAUAGCACCUCUUACAUAAAUACAAUAGGAAAUACUAGUACUAAUGGGACCAUUCAACCAGUUCAGCAGGUUGCCUGUGGGGCUUGUAGUUCUUGUGGAUGCCGAGGUAGCUGUGGGAACAAUGGUAAUCCACUGUUUAAUUACUACUAUCCUAGUACGAUCCCGAGCCAGUUUAUCAGAGUUCCGUUAAUCCCUUUAAGUGGAAUGGCUUCUCUUUGUAAUGGUAGCUACCUCAACCAAGCACAUCAAAACAAUGGAACCCAGAUGCCCUUUUAUCAGAAUCCUUACACUAAUGGACUGAUGCAUGAUCCUAUGGCAAAUCAGACAAACUAUGGGAUGCAACAAAUGCCGGGAUUUGUCCGUGGAUUUCCAUUAAUGUACCAAGUAGCUAACAUGGUCACUAAUGUCAAUGGGUUAGGACCUAAAAAGAAUGGAACUGCAUCUUGCUAUAAUUGUGGUGUAGGCGGACACCAUGCACAAGAUUGUAAACAACCAUCCAUGGAGGCCAGUCAACCAGGUGCCUUCAAAUUAAAGUUUUCUCCACCUCAUGAUUUGGAUCCAGCUGAUUAAGCUAGAACAUUCAUCAUUUUAGCAAUGAGCCUUAUUUUGUGGGUCUGACCCUAACCACACAGUUGAUGCUCUCUCGUCCAGCAAAAAACUGAAUGGGUUUUCUAAAUGUGUUUGGGAUUAAUAAGUGGUCACUGAAGUCUGGAUCGCCUUGAACUUAUUGUGGCAUUUGUUUCCUCUGAACGCGUCUUCACCUGUUUUGGCUGCAGUGUUCAUGAAGCAGAGCAGUUUGUGUAACGUCCUAAAAAAUGCUUACAAUAAUGACCUCUGAUUUUGCACUGAUGAAUGUAUUAUACCAAGUGGCACGUGCAAUGUUCAUUGUCUAAUAAUUUAUGGCAGUGUUUUGGAAUCUACCUGUCCAGGAGACACUUGAGCUGGAAUGAGCAGACGUGUUGCCAGUUGAAAUGUUAGGUCACAUCUUACAUCAUGCUACAUCUUUUGUCUGCAACAAAUUGUCUUCAAAUUUUGAGUCUCUUUUGUUCUUGUUUAAUAUUAUUGUAUCCUCUUUCAGUUGUGUGGAAGCAACUCCACUUUCAAAAAUAAACACAUUAAUUUAAAAGUACUUUGUUUGGCCUACUGGAAAAAGAAUAAAUUUUGGUGUUGACAUGGGUAAUACCUUUUAUAUUGAUCUUUGAAGAAAAUGUUUUGGAAAAUUGAGUGCCUGUAAUAAUGUUUAUAAAAAUUAACAGGAAAGUUUUCAAAGUUGUCUGGUUAGUGUUUAUUUUCAUUAGAGCUCAGAUAAACAAACAUUUUUAAACAUUUUAUUAUUACAGCUAAAUACUCCUGUUGCUUUAACUUUAGAUAUUUAUUGUGAGUGUUUGAAUUGGACAAUGUGCGAAUGUUUUUUCUCCCCCUUAGUCUUUGUGUAGAAUAUUGAAUAGCCACACUUUUUUAAAAUGAAUCCCUUUAUACUGCACCAUUAAUCGACAUUGGAAAAUAAUUGAUUUUUUUCAAAACAAAAAUGCUUUAAGCUAUAAACUUUCGGUGGCAGUGUUUACUUGGAUAUUAGAAUGUAUAACAAAUUUUGUUUUACAUGUACGAUACAAAAAAACAUACAUUUCCAUGAUUAGAAAUACCACUGUUGCAUAUUCAUCGUAGUUAGCAUAAGCUCUGCAAAUUUGGCACGGUACUUAAUUUACCAUUGCACAUGCAUUUGCCACUACUAUAAUGUGAAGACUGACGCUCGAUAUUUGUAGAUGGUAUUAAUCAUGUCAGCAAACUCCCUAAUUUAUGCUGCUGCUCUUUUUUAAAGAAAGAAAAAAAAGCCAAUAUGCACUAUUUCUGUUUCUGGGUUUAUUUCUUAAAAGUGCACUGAUGUUAUUCACAGGAUGAUGGUGGCUUUAGAGGGUUGCUGCAUUUUGUUGCAAAGAACGCUGCCUAAUCUUGUUGGCAUUCCUUUAACAUUAACUUUAAUGGGAAUAUACAGAGCUAUGAUAUUGGCGUGCAGCAGUCUGCUUUUUCUGUAAAUGAAUUGUCCUCGAGUGGAUUGAUGUAUUUUAUUGACUUAAACAAGCAACGGUGUCAUAGGAUUUGAAUGUGUUUUGUAGGAUCUUAAAAGCCUUUGUCUUGUCUUAAAAGCCCAGUGUCAACAAAAAUGCUUACACAUAUAUAAAAGGAGCCGUGUUAAUGAGUUAACCUACGUCUGGUUAUUCUAGUUCAGCUGCUUUGAGUAGCUAGAUCUUGUGUACAGGGUAGUGACCCAAAUUAUUUCUUGCAUGUUAAAAAAAAAGAAGAAUCAAUUGAGAACUCAUUUUCAAAGUGUGGCAAUUAAUUUCCUUGAAGCACAUUUCUUUUACCUGGACUUUUGGAUGACCAGUUGAAUGCAAGAUAACUAUCUUGAUAUGACUGUGCUGAUCGUUCUUAAAAUUAGACUGAGAGACUGGGAAAUCACACGAGCCUGUAAGACAAUGCGUUCUGAAUAACUUGGUUGUAUUAGAACUAAUUUUAUGGUUUAAAAACUGUACUGUAUAUAGGAGGUAUAUUGUUACCUUCAGUUUGUUCAUUUGUUUACUGGUAUUCUUUGAUAUUCAAAAUGUUAUGUACUGGAAAGGUCACUUAUAUUUCUAGAACAAUUUUUGGAUUUUAUGCUGAUUUUCUCCUGAAUUAAUAGCAAUAAAAAAAAUACACAAA